AUGCACCCUCUGGAUCGGAUUGAAAUCUGGUACAACGGCGAAUGGCAGCGAAGCACGCUCGCUGCUCUCGGCCUUACAGCCAACUUCGGCCAUUGGAAUGGGCGCAGAUGCAGAUUGCCACGCCACCGUGUGAAGGACUUCGUCGUCAUUCACACCAACAGCGUGCACAAAGUCAACGCUGUUUUCUGCGGAUGCACUGGAGAGAAGGUUUCUAUCGUCAAUCAGCUCAUGAACUCUCGAUGGUAUCCGGCGACACCGGAGCAGCCUCUUACGGCGGCGACGUUUGAGGUUCUGGACGCUUUCGACGCCCAUAGUGGCGCAGGAAAGGACAACGCGUACGACUUUUAUAGAGCAUUAGAAAGCUUGACGGAUGGCACGGGACUCCAUCAUCUACCGGAUCGCUCCAAGGACUUCAUGCGCAUCGCCCAUCAAUGGCGCCAUCUGCACGCACUGAAACGUGGCAGGUGCGGGCAUGAUCUGGACGGUAUAGAGAAGACGGCGUACGGGGAGUUGGCGGUGAUCUGUCCGGCUUGCCCUCACGAGGGCAUCAACACAGACGUUGUUGCUAAGCUGCAAGCACUGUCUCCGGAAUUAGCUAAGGAAUACGAGACAUUCAAUACUCUAGUUCAACUAUCGAUGGAUUGCAACUUCUGCGCCAAGAAUCGUAUGACCCGUUCUACACCAGAGACGAGUCCGUAUCUGGGAGACGGCAUGGCGUACAUGGUCCCGGAGGUCCACUACGAAGACUAUCUCCGCACGUUUUUAAACGAUGAAGAAGUCAGUACUUGUUCUCGCUUUAGCGCCGUCGUACUAGCGAACCUUGAAGCGGGUAAGGGACUUUGUACCACCGGAGUCGGCGUGGUCUUCUGUUCUCGGCACGAGUUCUUUUGGCCUAACUCUGUCGGUCCCCUGGUGAAGGGAGAGAGAUACAGUACGAUGGACUUCAUCCUCGCGUCGGCGGUCAGGAGAGUACGCGCGCCAAGCUUACACUUAUACUACGACAUCGUCUGUCAGUAUACCAGGAAGUUGAACUCACGCAUGAUGGUGGUGCCAGAGAAGUCGUUCAUCCGAGUUGGCGCCGUCAAGCUUCUUCACGACAUCAACAUUAGCUUCAGCAUUCCGAAGUUUCACAAUCCUGGCUACCUCGUCAUCUGCCAGCUUUGGUUCAACCUGGCGUAUCUCAGGGCAACUGGUCAAACGGACAGCGAAGCUUUGGAACGAGCUUGGGCUGGUCUAAAUCUGGCGGUGUCGAGUCUCUGCGAGAUGGGACCCGGCACGAUGCGCGACACCAUUGACUUUUACUGCGGCGCGUGGAACUGGCGCAAAUUUAUCAGCAUGGGCGGCUUCUUGUGGCGAAAGCUCGAAGUGGCAUUGCAGUAG